AUGAUUUUCUUCUCUCUCCUCUUUAUUAUUGCAGCUGAUGGAUGCACUGAUUGGUCUGUUGAUAUCAAGAAAUACCAAGUUUUGGUGGGAGAGCCUGUUAGAAUCAAGUGUGCACUCUUUUAUGGUUAUAUCAGAACAAACUACUCCCUUGCCCAAAGCGCUGGACUCAGCUUAAUGUGGUAUAAAAGCUCUGGUCCUGGAGAUUUUGAAGAGCCCAUUGCCUUUGAUGGAAGUAGAAUGAGCAAAGAAGAAGACUCCAUUUGGUUCAGACCAACAUUACUACAGGACAGUGGGCUUUAUGCCUGUGUCAUCAGGAACUCCACAUACUGUAUGAAAGUAUCCAUCUCACUGACAGUAGGAGAAAAUGACACUGGACUCUGCUACAAUUCCAAGAUGAAGUACUUUGAAAAAGCUGAACUUAGCAAAAGCAAGGAAAUUGCAUGCCGAGACAUAGAGGACUUUUUAUUACCAACCAGGGAACCUGAAAUCCUUUGGUACAAGGAAUGUAGAACAAAAGCAUGGAGACCAAGUAUUGUCUUCAAAAGAGAUACCUUACUCAUAAGAGAAGUCAAAGAAGAUGACAUUGGAAACUACACCUGUGAACUAAAAUAUGGCGGCUUUGUUGUGAGAAGAACCACUGAGUUAACUGUUACAGCUCCUCUGACUGAUAAGCCACCUAAGCUUCUGUACCCUGUGGAAAGUAAACUGACAAUUCAGGAGACUCAACUAGGUGACUCUGCCAACCUCACCUGCAGAGCUUUCUUUGGGUACAGUGGAGACGUCAGUCCUUUAAUUUACUGGAUGAAAGGAGAGAAGUUUAUUGAAGAUCUGGAUGAAAAUAGAGUUUGGGAAAGUGACAUUAGAAUUCUUAAGGAACAUCUUGGAGAACAGGAAGUUUCUAUCUCAUUAAUUGUUGACUCUGUGGAAGAAGGUGACCUGGGGAAUUAUUCCUGUUAUGUUGAAAAUGGAAAUGGACGUCGGCAUGCCAGUGUUCUCCUUCAUAAACGAGAGUUAAUGUACACCGUUGAACUUGCUGGAGGGCUUGGUGCUAUUCUCUUGCUGCUUGUUUGUUUGGUGACCAUCUAUAAAUGUUACAAGAUAGAAAUCAUGCUGUUCUACAGGAAUCAUUUUGGAGCUGAGGAGCUGGAUGGAGACAACAAAGAUUAUGAUGCCUAUCUGUCAUAUACCAAAGUGGACCCUGACCAGUGGAACCAAGAGACUGGGGAAGAAGAACGUUUUGCCCUUGAAAUCCUACCUGAUAUGCUUGAAAAGCAUUAUGGUUAUAAGUUGUUCAUACCAGAUAGAGAUUUGAUCCCAACUGGAACAUACAUUGAAGAUGUGGCAAGAUGUGUAGAUCAAAGUAAGCGGCUGAUCAUUGUCAUGACCCCAAAUUAUGUAGUUCGAAGGGGCUGGAGCAUCUUUGAGCUGGAAACCAGACUACGAAACAUGCUUGUUACUGGAGAAAUCAAGGUGAUACUGAUCGAAUGCAGCGAACUCCGAGGAAUUAUGAACUACCAGGAGGUGGAGGCCCUCAAGCACACCAUCAAGCUCCUCACGGUUAUUAAAUGGCAUGGACCAAAAUGCAACAAGUUGAACUCGAAGUUCUGGAAACGUUUACAGUACGAAAUGCCUUUUAAGAGAAUAGAGCCCAUUACACACGAGCAGGCUUUAGAUGUCAGCGAGCAGGGGCCUUUCGGGGAGCUGCAGACUGUCUCGGCCAUUUCAAUGGCUGCCGCCACCUCCACAGCUCUAGCCACUGCCCAUCCAGAUCUUCGUUCUACCUUUCACAACACCUACCAUUCACAAAUGCGUCAGAAACACUACUAUCGAAGCUAUGAGUACGAUGUACCUCCCACGGGCACCCUGCCACUUACCUCCAUAGGAAAUCAGCAUACCUACUGUAACAUCCCUAUGACACUCAUCAAUGGGCAGCGGCCACAGACAAAGUCAAGCAGGGAGCCGAAUCCAGAUGAGGCCCACACAAACAGUGCCAUCCUGCCAUUGUUGCCGAGGGAGACCAGUAUAUCCAGUGUGAUUUGGUGACAGAAAAGCAAAGGACAUCCCGUCCCUGGGCGUUUGAAAGGAAUCUGCAGUCCAGUGCCUGGAACUAAAUCCUCGACUGCUGCUGUUAAACAAACAAACAAACAAACAAACAUGCAUUACAAUCUCUAGAACACGAGGAAAAACAGGGUCUUGUACAUAUAUUUUUUGGAAUUUCUUUGUAGCAUCAGUAUUUUCCUGUUUUACCAUGUCUCUUACCAUUACAUUUUUUUACUUUGUUUUAUAUGUCAUUGGAUUUGUAAAUUUACAUUUUUUUUAAAGAGACUGAUGUGUAGAUAGAAAACCCUUUUUUUUUUGCUUCAUUAAUUUAGUUUUAGAAUGGGUUUUUAAUGUUCUUUUUAAAUUUUGUUUUGCUUUUAACAUUUCCUUGGGGUGCUUGGACAAAUCUAUCUGAUGGGACAAGGAGCACCGGAUCCUCUCUCGGGUUCUUCCUAGGACCAGCUGGGCCACAACGGCCUUCAGAGAGCAGUGCACCUGAGCGCCAGCAUUGCACUGCAGUUUGGGAACAAAAAAGAGAGAGAAAGAGAGAAGAACAUUUGCUCAUAGGAGGGCCCUGCCAGUCAGAGCCCUGAAAUCUCUUCCUUGUCCCCACCUCAUUUACCACCUCUACCCUUCUCGUGGCAGCAUGGUAUGUAGAACUCUGCAGAGGGUAGGGGUAGGCCUAACUGUCUCAACAUUUAAUUCACUUCGCUUCAGAACACACU